UUGAGCGUCUGACAACCUUCCUCCCUCUCCACCUGUGCAGUCCACGUUACCUGGAGAACUGCAUUCUGCACCAACUCCAUGCACUUGCGUCUGGUGUGAGCGGCCUGGCUGCCUUUCCCCCGUGGCUCGGUGCAGGUGCCGAUGAUGCAGCAGCUGGGACUCCGCCGGUUGUUGAGGGACCGGGACCGGGACCGGGACGGGUCCCCACAACAGGGGAGGGCAGGACGGCAGCACAAACCCACACAUCACGGUCACUCCCAUCGGCGUCCGGGCCCGGCUUCUGCUGUCCCUGGGUCUGCAUUAGUCACAGAGGGUGUUCAUUCGGCCCGUCCGCUGCCGUCCCGCCGCUCGCACCGGGCCUGACCGGUGCCGUGGCCCGAGCCGGGCCCCGCGUCCCCGCCGCCUCCGUCCCCCAGGCCCCGGGCCCGUGUUCCGGCCGGCGGGUUGGCGCAUGCGCGCGGGCGGGCGCGGAGGGAAGAUGGCGCUGAGCAAGACGUUCGGGCAGAAGCCGGUGAAGUUCCAGCUGGAGGAGGCGGGGGAGUGGUUCAUGAUCGGCUCCGAGGUGGGUAACUACUUGCGCAUGUUUAGGGGUUCCUUGUACAAGCGGUAUCCAUCUCUUUGUCGGCGACUGGCCACCGUUGAAGAAAGGAAGAAAAUUGUAGCAUCGUCACACGAUCAUGGUUAUACCACUUUAGCUACCAGUGUGACGCUUCUUAAGGCUGUGGAAGUUGAAGAAAUCCUGGAAGGUAACGAUGAAAAGUACAAGGCCAUCUCAAUCAGCACGGAACCCCCCUCCUAUCUCAGAGAGCAAAAGGCAAAACGCAACAACCAGUGGGUGCCCACCCUGCCCAACAGCUCGCAUCACCUGGACGCAGUGCCGUGUUCCACAACCAUCAACCGAAACCGAAUGAGCCGGGAUAAGAAGAGGACGUUCCCUCUCUGUUUUGAUGACCAUGACCCUGCAGUGAUUCAUGAAAACGCCUCUCAGUCAGAGGUACUGGUUCCCAUUCGUCUUGAUAUGGAGAUAGAUGGGCAAAAACUGAGGGAUGCCUUCACUUGGAACAUGAAUGAGAAGUUAAUGACCCCGGAGAUGUUUGCUGAGAUUUUGUGUGAUGACCUGGAUUUGAACCCUUUGACCUUUGUCCCUGCCAUUGCUUCAGCGAUUCGCCAACAGAUUGACUCCUACCCGAUGGACAGUAUACUGGAGGAUCAGUCAGAUCAGAGGGUCAUCAUUAAGCUGAACAUCCACGUGGGAAACAUCUCGCUGGUGGAUCAGUUUGAGUGGGACAUGUCAGAGAGGGAGAACUCGCCUGAGAAGUUUGCUCUGAAGCUGUGCUCCGAGUUGGGUCUGGGAGGAGAGUUUGUCACCACUAUCGCUUACAGCAUCAGAGGCCAGCUGAGCUGGCAUCAGCGCACAUAUGCUUUCAGUGAGAACCCGCUGCCGACAGUGGAGAUCGCCAUCAGGAACACGGGCGAUGCAGACCAGUGGUGCCCUCUGCUGGAGACGCUGACCGACGCAGAGAUGGAGAAGAAGAUUCGCGAUCAAGACCGAAACACCCGGAGAAUUAGGCGCCUUGCAAACACUGCUCCGGCCUGGUAACUGAUUCUGUGGUCAACGGUCGGGUAACUGAUCUCGUGUUCAGUUUGCCUCCAACUUGCUAACUGCCCCCAUGCUCAGUCCUCCAGUCUGUGUGCUGGGGGCCGCUCCUCUGCUCAGUACUCCUGGUGGGAAUUGAACCUGUGUGCGGCCCCGUCUCCAGACUGGCGCUCAGUCUGGUUCAGUUGGUGGCAAGUGGAUAACCAUUGCAAGUGCUAGUUCUGAGAGAAGUAGACGUUCCCCACAGCGGCCUUGUCGCAGACCCCUACACUGUGUAAUAAGACUGGUGCAGACCCCCACACUGUGUAAUAAGACUGUGUUCAUCGGAUGUCUUCAUGUGCAGUUCCAUUCCCUACAGUCAGUGCACAGAAGUCUUGCCUUAAUCUGUUUUUGUAUAGAUGCUCAUUGCACUUCUAGAGCAGUUCUUUUUUAAAAUAAAGGUCUUAAUUUUAGUUAUACUGCUAUAG